UGUGACGUUCAUGGGGAACUUCAUUACCCAGAAUGCUACCGUGUUAAACGGUCACGCUCUGCAUGGACCAGGGGUAGCAGGUAGUGGCUAACUGUGCGAAGCUGCCGAUGAGUGAAACAGUUGAUGCUAACACGCGAACCCGCUUCGUCUGCUUAUGAAGAAUAAAGCGAGACAACACAGAACAGGACAUUGCUUUAGCGCCUCGAGACUUACUACUAAUAUAUAACAUAUAAAUUUCAAACACAAAAGGUCAUGAAUGAAACAAGAACAAAAACGUUAGAGAAAAAAAGGUCAACACUGCAGUUCGCAAAACUACCACUAGGAGUCAAUAUUCUGUUCCCCAAAAUGGUAUUUUACGACAGCUUUCUCGUGUAGAGACAAUACUAAUGAAUGAAUCUCAACCGUGUCUUUUGUUUGUGAUUGUUUUGUAAUUACAGCUUGUGCUUUUCAAUAAAGUUGUACUUAAAAAAACGGACCGCUCGCGCGUGAUCGCAGGAAGUGAUGAGGUUAGACGUCAGGAACGCUCAUGAAAGCGAGUCAAGUGCACGUCGGUUGUCUUGGGUUUGCGUUAGUUUUCGAGACAAACCGGACACACUACAAUUUGUUAACUCGACGGUGAAUUUCUGAAUGCAAAUGUUGGCGUGAAUGUAAUAUAUGACGUAGUGAGUGGAGUCAUACUUCCUGUUGGCGGACAGGAACAUGAAAGUGAAAUCAAAGUUCUCAGCACGUGGGUUCUUUUGACCUUCACUGAAGGCUGUGAGAGAAGGAAAGCUAAAUAAAGCGUCUGAAGAGGGAACUGACACACCAGCUCGCUCACGGGCUGAGUUCCAUCUACAGUGAGUUUCUUCAGAAGAAGGAGCUGAGCUCAGCUGGAAGCUCCACCCACAAACAUGGACACAAGUCAGACCAGAGAGCUGCUCCCAGGUGUGGACAGAGAGGAGGAAGCUCCUCCCUCUAAAGCCCUUCUGGGUGAGGACCAUCGCAGCCAGACCAGAGCUCAGAGAGCUAAGCCACUCACAUCAGAAGCCGCUGGACGAGCACACGGACCUGGACCUGCUCCCAGCGGUGAGUAUCUGAAGAGUGACGGGUCUAUGGGAAGAUAUAUUAACUUCAGAGGAGGACAGGACCAUCAGAGGAGGAGCAGGUUGAAUCAGGAGAAACUGGACUCUGAACUCACCUGUGAGUCUCUGAAGAGUGACAGGUCGAUGGAUCUUCUCAUUGAUUUCAAAGGUGGACAAGAGCCUUCAGGAGAGAGAGAGGAUCAGCAGGUCUCCGAUGUUCUCAGUCUCCAGUGUGUCCAGCAGCAUCAGACAGAUCUGGACUCCACACUUCAGCUGCUUGAGGAGACUGUCAUGACUCUGGUGAAGAAGGAAGUGAGGAGAGUCCAAAGGUUCCUCAGUCCAGAUGAUCCCAAAUACCAGGAUGAUGAGGAAGAGGUGAAGGUGAAGUGUGAUGAGGAGCAGAUGAGACAAGCUUUCCUGGACUUCAUCAUGAACCUCCUGAGGAGCAUGAAGGAGGAGGAGCUUGCUGAUCGUGUGUGGAGCAGAAGUCGUGCUGGAGCGUGUGCAGGACGACUGAAGAGGAGCCUGCAGAAGAAGUUCCACAGUGUGUUUGAGGGGGUGGCUAAAGCAGGAAACUCUGCCCCUCUGAAUCAGAUCUACACAGAGCUCUACAUCACUGAGGGGGGCACAGACCAGGUCAACCAGGAGCACGAGGUCCGACAGAUCGAAGCAGCAACCAGGAACCAGACCAGAGCAGAAACUACCAUCAGACAAGAAGACCUCUUUAAAGCUUCACCUGAGAGAGAGGGACCCAUCAGGAGCCUGCUGACGAAGGGCGUGGCUGGCAUUGGGAAGACCCUCCUGACACAGAAGCUGACUCUGGACUGGGCUGAAAACAAAGCCCACUAGGACUUCCAGCUCAUGUUUCCUUUCACCUUCAGAGAACUGAACCUGCUGAAAGAGAAGCAGUUGAGUUUGGUGGAACUUGUUCAUCGCUUCUUUACUGAAACCAAAGA